AUGCGCUCCUCCCUUUUUCUGCGGUGCUCCAACCUGCACACCAUUGGCUUGGAUGGCGGUCGCAGCUGCACAACAGCAGCGGCGAGCAAAGCCACCUUCGCGGAGCAGGCACACUCCUCCCUCCCUGAAACAGGCGGCGAUGCCGCCAAGUUCCGGCAGCUGAAGGGCGCCUGCGAUGCCCUGCCCAGCCGCUCUAACACAACAGCGUCAGGUACCGGCGUGGCCGUCCAAUGCAACAACACAGACACAGGCGUUUCCAAUAUUGCUGCGUCGAGCUCGAAGCGCGCGCACAUCCACGAAGAGCGCUACAACAGCGGCGGGCGUUGCAGAAGCGCGUACACCGGCACGUGGGACUACGGUUCCGGCGAGCGCUACGCCAACGAAUCUACGCGGAACUUUUAUCGCUGCUACAGCGCCAACUACUACGACCCGAGAUCGACCGGCUUCACGCGAGAGGAGGUGGCGCAUGCGGAGCGGGCCAUGCGGCUGCACAGGCUGAAGUGCAUCUUGUGGAACUGCCUCGUGUACGGGAGCGCACUCUAUCUGCUGCUCGAGUUUUGGCGCGGUAGGGGCGCAACGGGGAUACAAGACAGCGAUGAGCUGUCCCGUGGGCAGCUGGAGAAGGCACGGCGACAUGAUCAGCUCCGUCCGAUGCGGCUGCAGAUACCGCCGAACUUUGGGGAAGUGCAAACGGCUCGAUACCUGACGGAGUGGAAUGAGCGUUCACGAGAUCGAGAGCUUGCCGUGGUGGAGGGAUGCGCUGCGCCUUCCCGUGAUAGUGUGCCGUCUAUCAGGCAACUGAGGCCCCUUAGCGUGUCUGCUACCCGCCCUGCCGCGGGUCUUGACAGGGGAGAUGAGGACGACGAUGACGACGAUAAAAGCUGA